AAACCAGACCUCUCGGAGGUGGAGAAAUUCGACAAGAAGAAGCUGAAGAAAACCAACACGGAGGAGAAGAACACGCUGCCCUCCAAGGAGACUAUUGAGCAGGAGAAGGAAUGUGUGAAGUCUUCCUAGAGAGCGAUUGCCUGGCAGGAGGAGCAACUACUCAAUUAUUUUGCUUUGAAAUGAAUCAUGUGGGUUUUUUUAAAUUUACAUCACAUACAUGUAUAGAAAACAGCUGUAUCACCUAACACACUGUCCCACUUUGCUGGCAGCUUUGGCAGGUGGGGGGACAAAGUGUGGUCCUCUCAGUCCAUCAGUAGCCUGACCUGAUGCCAUCUCUGCUGCUCAGCUGCCUCCUGUGACAGCACUGAUCUUGCUCUGAUGCAGUGGGAAGAUGAGCAAGGGCCAUGGAGGCUUCUGGGCACGGACCCCUUCUGCCUGGGGGAGUGGGGAACCUUUGUGGCCUCACCUCCAGCCUGGGUCUGUCUUGCAUAUUUCUUCACUGACAGUGUUCUGUAGCCUCACUCACAGUUUUUUGUCUUCCUUGGGGAAAAAUAAGAAGUUUAUUAUAAAAUAAAAAAUUGUAAUGAUCUA